GGACAACACAGGAUAGGAUAGGAUACCGGCCGCCGGGAAAGUAAAGCCUCCACACUCAUGCCUUGAAAAAGGAAGGGAUAAAAUUGCUGUUAAUGGAGAGGAGUGACAUUCAUCUGCAGUUCAAAAAAUGAUAGAAACAAUGGAUACACAGCGUGCCUUGCAGGCGGUGGAGCGUCUCCAGGCCAAACUGAAGGAGCGGGGGGAGGUGCCCACUGAGGAGAAGCUCAGCCUGCUCAAAUCGGUGCUCCAGAGCCCCCUCUUCCACCAGAUCCUGGCCUUGCAGAAGUCCGUCCAGCAUCUCAGAGACCAGGGGAGUGUCCCAGUGUCACGUGGGAGUGACCAUGGCGAUCAAGUUGCCACAGUCAAGCCCAAUGGUGGCCAUAUUUUCUGCGCAGACACUUCGGCUGCUACACAUAUCAAUGGCAAGAUGUCGUCUGAAGAAUUCGACCACAUUAUUCACUCCAUGGCACAGGGGCGCUACGUGACGCACGCGGAGCUGGAGAAGCCGGAGUCAGGAGGUCUCGGCUUCAGCGUGGUGGGCCUAAAGAGCGAGAACCGCGGGGAGCUCGGCAUCUUUAUCCAGGAAAUUCAGCCGGGGAGCGUGGCUCACUGUGACGGGAAGCUCAAAGAAGCUGACCAGAUCUUAGCCAUCAAUGGCCAGCCCCUGGACCAGACGGUGACCCACCAGCAGGCUAUAGGCAUCCUGCAGAGUGCUUCAGAGAGGGUGUGUCUCACGGUGGCAAGAGGGCCGAUUCCUCAGCUGGCCAGUCCGAUGGUAUCCCGCACGCCUUCUGCUGCCAGUACACUGUCAGCCAACUCCAGCGCGUGGCAGCACGUGGAGACAAUUGAGCUGGUCAACGACGGCACUGGCCUUGGCUUCGGCAUUGUGGGAGGAAAGACCACCGGGGUUAUUGUCAAAACCAUCCUUCCCGGAGGCAUAGCUGAUCAGGACGGCCGCCUGCGCAGCGGGGACCACAUCCUGAGAAUCGGAGGCACUGACCUGUACGGCAUGGGCAGCGAACAGGUGGCUCAGGUCCUCAGGCAGUGUGGCAACAGGGUAAAGCUGGUGGUUACCAGGGGUCCUGUGGACGAGAAUCCCUCCGUCUCUGCUAUCAUGCCUGUGGUGCUCCCCACUGUCAGUGAACAACAGGAUUAUGAGGAAGAGGAGGCUGAAGCAUUUGAUGUGAGCCUUACCAAGAACACUCAGGGACUGGGGAUCACUAUUGCCGGCUAUGUUGGAGAUAAAAAUUCAGAGCCCUCUGGUAUUUUUGUUAAGAGCAUAACAAAAGACAGUGCUGUAGAUCAAGAUGGCCGUAUUCAUGUUGGAGACCAGAUAAUAGCUGUUGAUGGUGUAAACAUCCAGGGAUACACCAAUCAACAAGCAGUUGAAGUGCUCAGACACACAGGCCAGACAGUCCACCUUAAGCUGAUCCGGCGGGGCUUCAGGCCUGACGAGAUCCCCCCCGCUGUGGCCCCCGGCGUCACCGUCCUGCCCGCAUCCACCACCAUCCCCACCACCACCACUGUCAUGAGGGAGCUGGAGCUGGAGAGGAAGGAGGCUGAGGAGGCUGCUAAAGUCACUACAGAUGAAAAGCCGCUCCAGACAAAGAGUGAAGGAUCUGAUGUCAGCCCAGCCAUGGAUCAGCUAACAGAGGACAAACAUGGGAUGAAGCUCACACCCUUUGAAGAGGAAGAACUAAUGAAGAAGUGGCAAGAAAUUCUGGGUCCAAGUAAUGAAGUUGUCGUGGCUCAGGUGGAGAAGUUUAGUGAGAACAGCGGCCUGGGCAUCAGUCUGGAAGCCAACAGUGGGCAUCAUUACAUCCGCUCUGUUCUACCAGAGGGACCUGUUGGUCGCUGUGGCAAGCUGUUCAGUGGAGAUGAACUGCUUGAGGUCAAUGGUAUAUCCCUAAUUGGUGAGACCCACAAGGAAGUAGUCAGAAUCUUGAAGGAGCUCCCACUCUGUGUAUACAUGACAUGCUGUAGGCCUGCCCCUCACCUGCAGACUGACAUAGAUGCUGUCCAACCAGAGCCAGAAGCUUUGUCCACAACACCUGAGUUAAAGAAACAAAUAGACCUGAGCAGCGUAUUGGUCGCAGAAGACUCAGAGGUGAGCGCAGCGGCAGCGACACAGGAUAAUGUGACAGAGGAGGCAAUAGGAUCUCCUUUGGCGAUGUGGGAGUUGGAGAUCCAGAAUAUCGAGCUUGAAAAAGGAGAGGGGGGAUUGGGAUUCAGCAUUCUGGACUACCAGGACCCGCUGGACCCCGCCAAGACGGUGAUCGUGAUUCGCUCUCUGGUUCCCAACGGUGUGGCCGAGCAGGACGGCAGGCUGUUGCCAGGAGACCGACUCAUGUACGUUAACACCACCAACCUGGAGAACGCCAGCCUGGAGGAUGCUGUCCAGGCCCUGAAGGGGGCCAAGCUUGGCAAGGUCCAAAUAGGAGUUGCCAAACCACUGCCUGGAAUAUGUGGAUAUUCCCACUCUCCACACCCAUAUGGUGAGCAGGAAAUUACUCCAUCAUCCACCAUCCAUUCAUUUGACUUCAACAAUAUUUUGGUUGAAGAAGGAGAGGAAGAAGGACUGACUGAGGGCAUCGUUUACCGAGCAGAGCCUGCAUUGAUUGAUACCAGCGAUGCAGACCUCCCUGAUGAAAAAGUGUUAGAUCACACUUACUCUGGGAUCGAGGAUGACACUUUCCAGGCGUCCAUGAUUGCUCUUCAUGGUAGCAGCUGCAGCGCAGACUUGGAUUACCUGCACUCAUCCACACCCAAGCUGACAGCUCGCCUGGACUUGUUGGACGAGCAUCCCCGCUUUGCAACACUGCCGGGCCUCGCAGACAACACUCAAGCUUUCUCUCCGGAGAGGCCUGCCUCUUUCACUCCUCCGAGUUUGAGAGGUCACGUCCCGGAUUUUAAUGCCAUACUAAGCGGUUCUGAUCGGUUCCUGGCACAGCACUCGACAAAAGAGGAACCCGUGGAGUGUGCAAACUCAUACAGCCCUUUUGUGGAAAUAGGGACCAUAUUUAAUGUCCCAGAUGAACCCGUGGAGUCUCUUCACUAUCAGAAGGAGCCACCCUUGUCUUUUGGAGAAAUUGCAGACAUAAAGAUUUUGAUGAAGGACGAGGAGGUUGGCGUGAAAGAAUCAGCAGAAGACGGUGACAAGGAGGCACUGACCUCAGGGAGCAGUUUUGAAAGGACUAUCACAGUUGUCAAGGGCAACUCCAGCCUCGGGAUGACAGUGAGCGCCAUGAAAGAUGGUUUGGGAAUGCUGAUCCGCAGUAUCAUCCACGGUGGGUCCAUUAGCCGUGAUGGACGUCUGGGUGUCGGUGAUCUCAUCCUGGCCAUCAAUGGGGAGCCCACAGCCAACCUGACCAAUGCUCAGGCUCGCGCCAUGCUUAGAAGACACUCUCUGAUUGGGCCAGACCUGGGAUCUGCUUGUGCACCUGAGGACGAUCUGUGCCCAUUUUAUGUCAUUACAUAUGUUCCAGCUGAGUAUCUGGAGGAGUACAAAGCCAACUUAGAGCAGGCUAAAGAAGAUGUCUUCUCUGAAACAUCUCCAGUGCCAGUUCCAGCUCCAAAAGAUAUUCUUAACCUCCCUGAACGGGAAGAUGGAGAGGGAGAGGAGAGUGCCUCUUACAGCAACUGGAACCAACCCAGGAAAGUGGAGCUCUUCCGAGAACCAGGCAAGUCCCUGGGCAUCAGUAUCGUUGGGGGCCGAGGGAUGGGCAGCAGGCUGAGCAAUGGAGAAGUGAUGAGGGGCAUUUUUAUCAAGCACAUCCUGGAGGACAGUCCUGCUGGACAGAACGGGACCCUGAAGACUGGAGACAGGAUCGUAGAGGUGGAUGGAGUUGAUCUAAGAGAUGCUAGUCAUGAGGAGGCGGUUGAGGCCAUACGCAGGGCGGGCAACCCUGUCUCCUUCUUGGUCCAGAGUAUUAUCCACAGGCCCAGGCAGUCAUCGAUAACAGACUCCAGCGAGGAGAGAGCUGCAGCCAUGUCGAGGGACAACAAGGACAAGCCGGCGAAGCGUGAAGUGGCGAAGGCAUCUCCCACCAGCACUGUCCUCCUCCUGCCAGUGGUGCCCCAUGUGGGAGAGACUGAUACAGACACGCUGACAGAGAUUCCUGGCAGACCUGCUGAGGCAGAAGAGGAGGAGGAGGAGGAGGAUGAGUUUGGAUACAGCUGGAAGAACGUAAUCCGUCGCUAUGGCAGCCUCCCAGGUGUCCUGCACAUGAUCGAGCUGGAAAAAGGCAAGACGGGCCUGGGCCUCAGCCUGGCGGGGAACAGGGACCGCUCCCGCAUGAGCGUGUUUGUGGUGGGAAUAGAUCCCAACGGGGCGGCCGGCAGGGACGGACGUAUGGUGGUCGGGGACGAGCUGCUGGAGAUCAAUGGGCAAGUCCUUUAUGGCCACAGUCACCAGAAUGCAUCCUCCAUAAUCAAGAGCUCUCUAUCCAAAGUCAAAAUCAUCUUUGUCAGGAACACGGAGGCGCUGAACCAGAUGGCUGUGGGACCAGUGAAAGAGCACGAGGGAGACACAGUGGAGCCCCACGCUGAGCUCGAAACAACUGCUGCUAAUGGCGACGCCGAUACUUCAAAAUAUGUGCAUCACAUCAUAAAGGUGAAGGAGGAUGGAGGACUUGGCAUCACCUUUGAGGAGGGGAACACUGAGAGUGGAGUAGAGAUUCGGAGUAUAUCUGAAGUGACGGAACACACGGGCAAAGAGGGCUGCAUGAAACCAGGGGACAAACUCUUAGCUGUGAAUGGUGAAUCAGUGCUCGGCUACACUGUGGAAAAGGUCAGUUCUCUACUGAGAAAAACCAAAGGUCCAGUGAAGCUAACCUUCUCUACAAAUGAGACCCCCUCCUCAUUCUCCUCUCCCCAGUCAACCUGCCCGGACAUUGCUUGCUCAGACGACAUCCUUGCCAGCCUACCCAGCAUGCCGAGUGCUGCCACGUCUGCCCUGAGUCAACCAGAGGUGGAAGCAGGCACAAGUCUGAGUCGCUCGUCCACUCCUUCCACUCUGACCUGCGACCCGGCGACCUGUCCCAUCAUCCCCGGCUGUGAGACCACCAUCGAAAUCUCCAAGGGCCGCACAGGCCUGGGCCUCAGCAUCGUGGGAGGCUGUGACACCCUGCUGGGGGCCAUCAUUAUCCAUGAAGUCUAUGAAGAAGGGGCAGCCUCGAAAGAUGGCCGGCUUUGGGCGGGAGACCAAAUCCUAGAGGUGAACGGUAUCGACCUGCGUGAAGCCAGUCACGAUGAAGCCAUCAAUGUGCUGCGGCAGACCCCACAGAGAGUGCGGCUGGCGGUCUACAGGGACGAGGCCCAGUACAAGGAGGAAGACCUGUGGGACUCGUUCACCGUAGAGCUCCACAAGAAGCCCGGCCAGGGCCUGGGCCUGAGCAUCGUGGGGAGGAGAUCACGGGACCAGAGGAAUGACACCGGAGUGUUUGUGUCUGAUAUUGUGAAAGGAGGUUUGGUGGACACUCACGGGCAACUGAUGCAGGGCGACCAGAUCCUGUCAGUCAACGGUGAGGAUGUCAGGUCGGCCACCCAGGAGACCAUGGCCGCACUGCUCAAGUGCUGUGUGGGGCCCAUAAAAAUGGAAGUCGGGAGGUUUAAGGCAGGGCCCUUCCACUCUGAAAGACGCCUGUCUCAAAGUAGUCAGAUGAGUGAAACAGGCAGCUCCAGGGUGGCCUCUCAGUCUUGUUCAGACUCUGGAAACCUUCCCGACGACCCUGACAAACUCAUCAGGGGUCCAGAUUCUUUAGAGCAUCAGGACACCAGAACAGUGGAGUUCACUAAAGGUCCCAGUGAUUCUUUGGGUAUCAGUAUAGCAGGCGGCGUGGGGAGUCCUCUGGGUGACAUACCAAUCUUCAUCGCCAUGAUGAAUCCCGUCGGCGUGGCUGCUCAGACCCAGAAGCUCAAGAUUGGGGACCGCAUUGUGAGCAUCUGUGGAACGUCUGCUGAAGGCAUGAGCCACUCGCAGGCUGUCAGUCUGCUCAAGAACGCCACCGGCACAAUACAGCUGCAGGUGGUAGCGGGCGGUGACACCACCGUGACGGGCCCCUCUCAGGAGCAGGCAGCUGGAGGUCUUCCACCCAGCUGCAUCUUCCAGGACGACCUCGGCCCUCCUCAGUAUAAGACCAUCACUCUCGGACGAGGACCAGACGGACUCGGUUUCAGUAUAGUCGGAGGGUUCGGCAGCCCCCACGGAGACUUGCCGAUCUAUGUUAAAACAGUUUUUGGAAAGGGGGCAGCAGCAGAGGACGGCCGUCUGAAGAGAGGAGACCAGAUCAUGGCCGUUAACGGGCAGUCUCUGGAGGGCGUCACGCACGAAGAAGCCGUUGGCAUCCUGAAAAGGACCAAAGGGACCGUCACACUCACUGUGCUAUCUUAGACAAACAUAUGCAAACACCCACAAACACACAACCACACACCAUCUUCAGUACUUUUCCUACACUUUGUCUUACACCCACAGUUAAUCCACAUCUACAAGACUGAAACGUUCAAGUAGCAGCACACCUCACAGCUGUGUCCGGCAACAUUUCACAAGCAGAAGAUAGUGCUAAAAUCACCGGAUGUUCACUUGUGACAAUGUGCACAUUGAAAUAUGUGCAACGAUACACUGAUCGUGAAGACGCUUAUUGCUCAAUGUACCUUUGAACACUGUGAUCCAGCCUACUUCAAGUAGACUCAUGUAUGUGUCACAAAUAGCUCCCAAAACAGUAUGUGAAGUACAUGUGUGAAUUCAGAAUUUGCCAUACAGUUUACAGUUUUAAUGAGCUGUUAUGUGAAUCUCACAGAGGUUGUAAAUAGCAUUAGAAGCAAUAUCUCAACUCAUUUACAUUCCAUGGCUCCGGUAUUUCACUGUUCCCAGUAUUGAAAUGAAUGGAUGGUGAGAUCAUUCUUUUCAGGAGUAUUUUACAACAGAUGGCGCCCCAAAGCAAUAUCUGAUUAUUUCUACAGAAUGGAGACUAUUUAUCAAGGUUUUUUACAGCCUGCGGUUGACUUAUAUCAGUGACCUCCCUCUAAAUUCAGAGCAUGAAACAGCAUGAAAACCCCCUUGAGGCAGUUCACAGAUUAGCUGGAUUUAGCUAAUGGCUUUAUUAGCUGCUAAUAGCAUUAUUUGUCUUUUAUGUUGCACUGCUGUUGGCAAGUCACCAUACUGAUUUUCCUGGAAGGUUGAUGCUGCUGUAACUGGUGUUAAUCGACAUAUAAUGAAGUCACUGUUGUUUUAGCAGAAGUGGCCCAGAGAGCGUUUUGAAAUGCUGAAGGCUGACUUUGUGAAUACUCGGAGAGAUGUGAAAUCCUUAUGUCUUGGUCCUUAAAGUAAGAAGUGUGGCGAGUGCACGUCUGACUAGAUGAAGAAUUGUGUACGUGUGUGCGUGCGUGUGACCUCUUCACUGAAAUAUAGUGCUGCUAAAGCCGAUAUAUAAGGUAUUAUGUCACAGUAUUUGGAAUUUUUAAAGUAUUAAUUAAUGUUCACUUCGUGAAAGUGCACAGAAAGGUAAAUGAUCUGCUAUCUUGGUUGGAAGUGCUAUCUUGGUCCUCAGUGUUUAACAUGUCAAAUGAUUAUAUAAUAGACCUGAGCUCAUUGUGACCUCAUUAUUUACCCAAAACAAAGUCUCCUACUGGGUAGUUUCUGAAGUCAUUAGACAUGUGUUGUGUGGUCUAGUUUCAGAAAACUGUAUGUUCUUUGUCUUAUCACCUUAAAUACUACGUGGCUCUAGUACUGUCACUGUGACGGUAUUGAAUUUAUUCACACUGAACUAAAUAAAAGUGACC